AUGAGGGAUGAAUUUCUCCAACUCAGUCGCACCGGCGGUGCCAGCAAAACCAACGAGACCGACUCGGGUUCAUCCCAAAGAUUGACGCGUGUCGGGGGACAACAAACGAACGAGUCGAACAAUAAUAAACCUUCCAGCAACAGCAAUAGGAGCAAGUACGGCCUGGACAAGGGCGCCAGUCUGACAUUAGCGCGGAAAGGCAUGCGAUUGAAGAGCAAGGGUUUGGUGGUGGAUCUGUCGCAUCAGGAAGUGAGUGAGCGGAGGCAGGUGGGCGAUGCGGAGAGUAUCAUGGACGAGAGCCGCAACGGUGGCCGGGAGCCGUGGUGGAGGAACGUCACCAUGGAAGAGGGUUUGUGA